UUUCUUGACAUUAAUAAAUUUUCUACCACACACAUUUCACGUCAAAUGCUGAAACGUGGCACAGUGCUGGCAUUACUAAAUACGUCUGACCAUUCUAGUCUUCAAUAUUACCGUUUACUCUGUAAAAAAAAAAAAAAAAAAAUUUCAACUCUUGUGAUAUUCUCUCUAUAUCGGGUAAAGAAAAAAAUCUCAAUUCCUGCGAUAUUCUCUAUCAGUGUCUAUUUAUUUGGAAGAAAAGACGGCAAAACAAGAAGUCGGACAGAUGAUACUUCUAUUUCUUCUCUUGUAGCAUUAUUUGUUUUGCAUAUGCAUCAUAAGUGUGGUCACUUUUUGUGUUUCUUCCCUACCUUAGAGGUAAGGUGUAAGUUGCAGUUUCUGUGUGCAAACUCUCUGUUUGUCCUGCUGUACAGUCUUCCACUUAGAACAUCUAGCAGUUCUGUCAGGAAGUAGUCAAGUAUAACUUCAUUCUCUUGACCACUAGAGUUGUGUUCGAUCCCCGCAUUUGGCGAAUGAAGCAAACUCUGUGGCCAGUUCCCUACCGCUUAGUGUGCUGACAGAGAAACGGAGGAUUAGUCUCACGCCUGCCGGUUGUGGGGAUACCUUGGGAAACCAAAAAAAAAACUUUAUUCUCUUAAGUCUGAUAUUUAAUUGAAAAAAUUAUUAAAUUGUUGGGUUGAACUCACAGAAUUAGCCAUUUGUCAAAAGUAUUGAAGUAAUAGAACUUUAUAGUACUAAAAUUUCUUUGUUUGUAAACUUACGGUUUCUGAUAACCAUCCGUAUUCUUUAAUUCUGUAACAUAAGCAAGCUCCCCAUGCCUCUUUUUCGUGAUCAGAGUCUUAAUAUUCGACAAUCAUCUUUAUUGGGAAGCUGAAAAUUAGAGAACAAAAUGGUUGCUAAUGAAUGAAUAACUACAAAUGAAUUUGUAGUUUUAAUUAAGCUAAAAACUGGUUUCUGGUAUAAUAACUACAAUAAGUAUUGAUAAAGACAUAAUGACAUCAAUCUAAAUCCGAAGCUAGAAGUAAUUCAAGCCUUUGUUAAGUAAUUUUUUCACGCAAAAAGACGAAUCAAAGAAAAUGAAUUUGUCUAGGCGUCCAUCCAUCUCUCGUAAUUUAAAGCUAAUUCAAUUGUGCCUACCUUUGAGAAAAAAUGUAUAAUUAGUCUUUGAGCCAUGCCUCAAAUAAGUUAUUAACAUGAGAUUUUGCUCUAUUAUCUCCUUUAUAAGCUUUCGGCUCUUUUAUAGUAAGGACUAGUAUCAAGAUAAGUGUUUUUACUUCAUGAGUCUAGCACUCCAAUUGGUUUUAGAUGGGAUAAGAGAAAAAUGAGGAUAUAUAUAUAAACACAAUUACCACUUUCAAUAUGAAUCCUGAAAAUCAGGCCUAGAUUUUAGAUUUGUAUUAAAUAUUUCUUAGUAACAUCCAAGUUGUUGUAGUACAGUGGUGAGUAUUCCCGCCUGUGUCACCCUGGCGAUCCGGGUUCGAUCCCCGGC